AUGAAAAAUGUAAAACAAAUAUAAUUGAACUAAAGAUAAUCUGAGAUUAAUUUAGGAUUAAUUCAAAAUAUGAGGAUAUACUUAUCAUCAUACAUUUCAUAAUGUGGUUUUGGAUGUGUUUUUGAGUAUAAGUACAAUGAAUAAAUAGUAGCUGUCAAAUAUAACAAAGUGAAAAAAUCAAAGAAGAAGAAAAACUAUUGA